AUGGCCGAGCAAGAGACCAGCCGUACAUCUCAUCAGGCACGAAAUAAUGCCCCAGGUCGGUCUCAAAGUGAGGGCCAGGGUUCAGCAUCACGUUCUCGGGGAGGUUCAGGUGGAGGACGCCGCAGGGGAAGGGCAGGACGGAGUCGUGGCCAGCGACAGGAUGAUUCAGCACAAGUUCCCGAGGGUCGCGGAAAUGCCCCUCAGACAGGGCCUGCCGAUGCCGCUGUCGCUGCACAAACCAUAGCCACCCCCGAAAGCUCAGGGUCUUCUAGAGGCAGAAGAAACCGGCGAGGUAAUCGAGGUGGUUCUCGAGGGCAAGGAAACCAAGGGAGAGGCGUGUUCUCCAUGGGACCGCAGCGUACUUUUGGUGGACGCUUGACUACAACUGAGCAACCAACAGAGGUUGCUCAAGAUGCAUCUUUGAGUGCAGACGCCCCCGCAUUCGUGCCUGGACAGCCUGUGUCCCAGAGGAGUGCCCAACAGCAACCACCAAGCGCACCUCGGCCCACAGGCCAAGGACGCUUAAGAAACCAUACCAGGGACCGCAAGCAGGACAGGCCCCGCCAAGAGGUUCCCAAGUCAACUGCCUCUGAAUUAUGGCAACGGAUUCAGGAAGACAUCGCCAACUGGAACUAUGAGUGCCGUAUCUGCACCGAAGAAGUUACUCGAAAAACUGAGGUCUGGUCGUGCACUACCUGCUGGACCGUCGUUCAUCUUGAAUGUGCCCACCAAUGGAAGAUAUAUGCGACUCGUUCGACCUCUUCGAUCUGGGCAACAGUUCCUGGUUUGAGGGCUCUUUUAGCUGCGAGAGUGCUUGCGGAAGAGUCUUCGAUUGUGGUGUACAUCGUUGCCAGGUUUCUUGUCACCCGCAAGAAGAGGUCUCGGCUCAUUGCCCUUUCUCUCCGGACGUUGUCACCCAUUGCCCUUGUGGCAGGACACCGCUCAAGGAUCUCACGGAGCAGCCUCGUCAGUCUUGUGAAGAUAAUGUUCCUCACUGUAAGAGGAUUUGCGAGAAGAAGCUGGAAUGCGGACAUCUCUGCCAAUCCUUGUGCCACACUGGGGAAUGUGACCCUUGCACCCAAACGAUGGAGAUUGACUGCCGCUGUGGCCGAGUCACGGGCGAGACAGUCUGCCAUGAGGGAAACAUCCAACAUCCCCUAUGCUUCAAGAUAUGCCAGGCUACUCGUAACUGCGGAAGACAUCGAUGCGGAGAGCAUUGUUGCCCGGGUGAAAAGAAGGCAUCUCAGCGUAUUGCUCAGCAGAAGAAGCAACGCCUGGGCCCUGAUUCGCUACCAGUUGAGGCUGAGCAUAUCUGUGUCGCCGUCUGCGGACGGCCACUUAAGUGUGGUAGUCACUUUUGUGAGCAACUCUGUCACCGCGGAGCUUGCCAAAGCUGUCCCGAGGCUAUCUGGGAAGAAGUUUCGUGCAACUGCGGCCAGACAGUCUUGCAUCCUCCACAACCAUGCGGAACGAGACAGCCAUCUUGCACUAACCAGUGUCAGCGGCAGACUGCAUGUGGACAUCCUUCUGUUGACCAUCAGUGCCAUCCUGAUGAUGUAUCCUGCCCGCCAUGCACAUACCUCGUUCAGAAGCGAUGCAUCUGUGGAAAGACGACGUUUCACAACAAGCCUUGUCAUUUGCAAGAGGCUCAUUGCGGAGAGCAAUGCGGACAGAAACUCUCCUGCGGACUCCAUACAUGUAAAAAGCUAUGUCAUCGCCCCGGAGAAUGCGGAGAUGCUCAGAAUGGUUGCGAGCAAAUAUGCGGAAAACCCAAGCUGCUAUGUAACCACCCAUGUCAGAGUGUUUGCCAUGGACAAACUCUGCCUAGCAAGUACGAGCAACCUUACUCCGAGUCGGCCAGAGGUUCGAUGUGAUGAGGAGUGCGAACGACUUGACCGCAACCGUCGCCUGGCCGCAGCUCUUAAUAUCGAUCCUGCUUCUCACACCAACGACCAUAUUCCCUUCUCGGAUAAUACUCUGAAGCUUUAUAAACAGAUGCAAUCAUGGGGAGAUGCUCAGGAGAGCCAGUUCCGAGUAUUUGCUGCUAACAAAGACGAAGUUCGUCUACGAUAUGAGCCCAUGAAGAACCAGUCACGCCAAUUUCUUCACUUGCUCGCCGAGGACUUCGGCUUCGAGAGUAAGAGCGAGGACUACGACAUUCACCGGUCUGUUCUUGUGUGGAAAUCAGAUAAGUUUGUUUCAGCCCCGACGAAGACACUUGCGCAGUGUGUCAAGAUCCGAGCAUCUCAAGCUGCCGAAGCUGCGGCUGCGGCUGCGAUUCGACCUCCAAGUCCCCCCAUUCUCGAGACUGAGCCUUUCAAUGCCCUGGUACUUACGGAGCCUCGCUUCGGUCUGACCAUCGAGGAAGUAAACACUGCUCUCGAACCGGAUCUCACAUCCCUGCAAGGCUUCAGUUUCAAGGUUGAUUUUCUGAAUGAGGAAGUUCUCAUCAAAGCUUCAGUCUCAUAUUCCGCAUUUCUCACACCCGCACCCAUGGAAAAGAGCCUAGAAAUCCUCAAACCUCGGAUCGAGCAGACUAUCCGACGUGAAAAGCUCGCUGAAAGCGUCUUGCUCUGUCACUCAGAUGCUACCGGUGCAAUUUCUCGGCGAGAGGUACCCCUCCGAGCCGGCACUGGAGGAUGGAGUGCCGUAGCUGGACGCGCGGCUUCUAGGCCAAUGUCCUCGUCUUCUACUCCUGCAACUGAAGAGGCAAAGCCCGGGCGCAAACUACUCCUAGGACUCAAGAAGAAGAGGCCGCAACAACCGGAGGCGGGAAAGGUCUGGGCUGCUCUUGAUGGGGACGUUGAAUGCUAA